AGGUUCGGUUGUUAAUUGGACGGACGCGUUGCUUAUCACUCAGUGAUGGGAAUUGUUUAGUUGAAUUCAAUGUGCCCUCAGUGAUUUUUCUUUCGCACACAGUGCAUUUUGACUUCAUGAUGAGGAUUGGAUGGUCUCUAGUAUUCCUGGUUGUACACCUUUAUUCAGUGGUGUACUCUCUGCAAUGCUCGCCUGGGUACUGUCAUCACAGCGGAACGUGCUCGAAUACUCCGAACGCCACCUGUGCAUGUACAGUUGGAUUUGUAGGGAAAAGGUGUAACUCAAAUGGCAUGAAGGCUUUUAGGAAUGAAAUCUACGACAGGGAUAUGUUUAACAACACCAAGGCUAAGCAGGAUACGGAGAAGGUCAUGCUUAUAUUACAAGAACACAUUUCAUACACCUACCAAUUACCGAAAACAGUGGAAUAUAUGAAUGAGAUCUUAGAAGAAAUUGCAGUCGUAAUGCGAAAUCAGACAAUUGAGAACAGAGCAAUGGAAAAUGCCGACUUUCUGCCGUUAACACAGGAUUACGUUGAUAUUCUUACGUACAUUGUGACGAUACUAAACGACGAAGGUUGUUCUGUCGGACAAACGAUAAACUGCACGCUAAACGAGACAGAGUACUCUAACUUGCUGAGCAAAGCGGAGGACAACUUAGUGCAAAUAACCAGCGUUAUGGUGAUGACGUCUGUGGAGGAAGGACAGAUGAGGACAAUAGAUGUCAGGGAUAUCAUCUCCUUUACGGUCCUCAAGUCCAAAGGCAAAGACCUACCCUUCAAUUUCCAUGCAAAAUACGGAUCUAUCACGCUACCUUACUAUGAGACCUUUCAGGACACAAUAGGAAGAGAGACAGUCGCACUAAACGUGCUGACAUACAACAAGAGCCCGUAUGGUUUCGUAAACAACACGGACGCUGUUUCUUCAGGGAUUAUAAAGGUCAUAGUUACGGACACCAAUGGACGACAGAUCGAACUUGACGAUUCAGAUGACCCUGUCGAUAUGACUGUAGAUAUGACACAGAUUUUCUCCGCCACACACACCUGGCAGGAUAUGGAGAAGCUGUCCGAUGGACGGUCCAUGUGUGUCGCUUUCAGUAAUUCAACAUACAGUGCUUUUGUUUUGGAGCUGCAUUUGCAGUCUCAGACAACAUGUGAUAUGUAUGGUAUCUAUGGAAACACAGGAUAUCCAACCAGAUCUCGAUAUGAUUUGGCGGUAAAAACGAAAGGAAUUAAUAAGAUUCUUAAAUCGAGACCUUAUGGACUUGCCGUUAACUUUACGAACCAGGUGCUUCAGAUAACCAUACAUAAUACGAACUAUGCCAGUGGGGGAUAUAUGGAUCCUCUUGUUAUUACACUGAAAUGUGCAGAUGACGUAGCUAAACGGAAGAAAAGACAAGUUUCCUCAACUGUGCAUCGCUUUCGGACACAGGAAAUAUCUCUGUCACAGUUUGUUAGUACAUCAUGGGAGGAUACUAACAAUGCCAAGAUCGACAAGGCAGAAGGCAAUCAUAUCAAAUUCAAAAGCACUUUUUUCGGAACUUUUGCGACCAACACAUUGUUCAUUCCUCCCACCAUGAUUGAUUUCGAUGCAAUCUUUUUGAACUUCUUCGAGCGCCUCAGAAACACACCUCAUGUACUCGUGACGUAUGUGAUCUUAUUUGUGCUGGUCGUUAUUCUGACAUUAUAUCUCAGAAGAGUGGACAAACACGAUCAUCUAAUCUGGAAUUACCUGCCCUUGGCUGAUAAUAAGAAAAGCAACACGUAUAGAUACGCCAUCUCCGUUUUCACCGCCGUCAGAUCAUCUCGCACCUUAACAUCCAUGCCGUACUUUGUUCUAGAGGGAUCUUUGGGAUCCACAGGCAAUCGUAUCCUAUUUGACGGACAACGCCAGAAUUUCCAAAAUGGGACCUGCAGUAACUUUAUUAUGACAACAGAAAACGAUUUGGGAAAACUUGAUAGAUUGACAAUAUGGACUGACAACAAAGGAAAGUCUCCAGACUGGAUGUUAUCAAAAGUUAUUGUUGUAGAUAUCUCUACGAAUGAGAGCUAUGUAUUUCUUUGUGGAGAAUGGGUUUCGCAGAGGUAUGGCAAAUGUGAUGCAUGGGCUGUUCUCGAACCGCUUUCAAAGGACAUUCUAGUACGUGAGACUAUCUUCACGGAGACAACUAGAAAGGGAUUCUUUGACGAUCAUCUCUGGUUCUCCAUUUCUAAGCGUCCAAAUUAUAGUCAGUUUACAAGGGUUCAGAGACUGUGGACAUUGGUUGCGUUGUUGUUCCUCUCCAUGGUAACCUCUGCUAUGUGGUUUAAUCAAGAGCCCUCGGAUGAUGAACAAGACCAGGAGACUGCCAGUACUAUAAGAACUGUUGAAUUGGGGCCAUUUAAACUAAGUUACAAGCAACUGUAUGUAGGACUGAUGUCUUCUGUUAUUACUUUUUUGCCUUCCAUUCUUAUGGUUGCAAUCUUCAAAAACAGAAAACUUAAACAAGAACACACCACCUCUUCAGAUAUUGAAAGCGAUACAAAAAAUGUUCCCAAGAAGAAUAAAAAGCGGAGACAACUGCCUUGGUGGACUAUAUAUUUUGCGUAUGCUUUAGUUAUCGUAUGCAUAUCGUGUGGAGGGACAUUUACAUUUCUUUAUUCGUUGGAAUUCGGAGCGGAGAAAACAAAUGAUUGGCUCCUUUCCUUUGUAAUUGGAACAGUUAUGGGUGCUCUUCUGUUGGAACCCGUAAAGGUUCUUCUGAUCGCCAUCUUGAUUGCGUGUUGCCUGCAAAGAUCGAUAGAUGCCAUGUCAGAUAUUAGGAAUCCUUAUAAGAGCACGAAAGAAGACGACGUAGAGGAGACAGACGAUGUAGGAGACACUAAGAUUUUCUACUAUCCUUGUCCGAGUACGACAGCAAAUUCUAACAGAAACCAACUGAGAAAGAAACGUUUUAAGCUAGACAAUGAACUAGCAGUGUAUUUGAAGUCUGUCCUCCUUUGCAUCUUGUACAUAUUACUCUUAGCCAUGAUCUGUUCACACAACAUCACAACGGAAGCUUAUCAUCAGAACGAGGCUAUGAGUAUUUCCAUUAACAACAGUUUCCAGGUCAACACAACAGAUGAUAUUUGGACCUGGCUGAGUAACUACUAUAUUCCCAAUGUUUGGGCAAAGUAUUUUGGUAAUGGUAAUUUGAGGACGGCGUAUGAACAGAGAUUUACGUAUGAUGGAUAUAACUACAGAAUGUCGCUUAUCCAACUUCGACAAGUUCGUUCCUAUGGCAAUUGUAGUGGACCUGAGGUUGUACAAAAUGUGGUUACGAGGUGCACGAAUAACUAUGAUAUCGAAACAGAAUCCAUGGAACAUUUUUGUCCUGGUUGGGCGACAUUUAACUCUUCCUGUUUCGAUGAAAACGAGUUGACAGACUACAGUUUCCAGUAUAAAUCUUCCACAGAAGUGAAGGCGUUGCCUUAUUUCGGGGAAUAUGCUUAUUAUAAUGGCGGGGGAUAUCAGAUGCAGUUAGGUCCGAAGCAAUCCCUGGUCAUCGAACACAUUAAUGAGCUUAAAUCGAACACCUGGAUAGAUGGAAAUACUCGUGCAAUAUUCAUCGAUUCGAACACGUUCAAUGCCAACAGCAAGUUGUUUACACAUUUGAAAGUUGUAUUUGAAAUUUCUGAAUACGGAGACAUUACAAUGACAACAGUUUCUAAAUCCUCCAACUUGUAUCCGUACGUGUAUGCAUUGGAUUACUUAAUUCUGUGUCUGCAGAUAGUAUUUAUAAUCAUUAUUGUGGCCAAAAUUGUUAUAUUUGGAAUUGAUAUCUUCAAAAUGAAGCGGAAGUGUAUUGUUUCUAUCGGUAUGUGGGUUACAUUAGCGGAAAUAGUGUUGGCAAUACUGGCCAUUGUAUUCUUCAUAAUUCGAAUCGACAAAACUAUCAAAGCAGUGGAUGAAAUCAACAACAGUAACGGUGCUUUUGUAUCAUUUGAAGAAGUCGAGAUAUACGAUGAAAUUUACCGUGGCUGUAUAGCUGGGGUAUUCUUUAUUGUGAUUCUUCGACUCUUAGAACCUCUAGCCUUCAACUAUCACCUGUUUGUUCUGAAGAAAUCCCUGCUGAAAGCCAAGGCAGAUAUAUUGUCUUACAUCGUAUUGAUUUCGUUUUGCUUGGUGGCCUUUGCCUCGUAUCUCUAUGUGACUGUAGGAAGACAUGUUUCCGAAUUCAAGAACAUGCCGACGGCGUUAACAACUUUGUUGCAGAUGUUGCUAUCAAUGAUAUCUUUCCGUGUCAACGUUGAAAUGUCUUCUACACAAGCGCAGAUUUUUGUUAGUUUCUUUGCUUUCUUUGUGUCCAUAAUAGGCAUCAAUGUAUUUAUUGGAAUACUUACUUGGAAUUUCUACUACAUCAAAAUCAUGCAAAGUGACUCGGAGGCGGCACAGAAAUUAAUUUUUAACCAGGAACUCAACGAUCACUUCUGGUGGAGAAUUGAUCAACUAUUGAGUAGAAUUAUUCUACCUAGAUUUCGAAUGGGUGGUACCGAUAAUAGUAUCUAUAAGAAAGUGGAACAAAAGAUUGAUUGUAUACGACAAAAGUUUAAUGAUAUUGCAAAGGAGGAGAUCGAGUGGACGUAUUCUACAACCGCAAUCAUGUUCAUGUGCAAGAAGCAGAGGAAGACCAAUCUUCUUGCAUGUUGUGUAACCGCGCAAAACACAGAUAUCAAGUACAGAUUCUUUGAUCAGAUGACAAAGUCAACAAGACUAGUUCUUUUCCUGCCUUAUGUUAGACCUGGCGAUGCUCCAGACCUAGCGUGUCGCGAAGUUCCCAUAUCUCAUUUCUUACUCAGCGGCAUUUCUAUCCCCUUCAGCAUACUAGCGAAGUCUGACGUGUUUGAAUUCGAUGCACGAGGAGAUUUACACGUUAUUAAGAGUGGAUCCAGAAUAACCUUUAAAGGUGGUACCUUCAGAGCUGAAGAUGUUGUACAGUUUAGUUAUGAUAACAUGAAAACAUGGCAGAGGAAGUUCUUACGUGAGGUCGAAUCCUUGGGUGUAUUUUGCUGCAGUUUCCGCACUGUUCCCACGCAUUGUCUCGUGUUGCAUCGACAGGAAUACAUCAAACUGGACCUUGGGGAACUCCACAAAUUUCCAGAUCUGGAACGACAUCGACUUGUAAAAUCUGAACAGUGUAUUCGACUUCGUUCAGAUAACCGAAUAAGCAUCUCAAUACAGCCAAAUUCUAUAAAGGAAAUAGGAGAUGCUAUUGUUAUGGUGGAAAAACCUUUUGCCACAUUAUGUCCGAUAUUACAGAUAUAUUCUACAAGAAAAAUUACUGGCGGUAUCAAUAUAUCUUUGCCAUUGAAUCGUCUACCAACUACAAACAUAUCUAAAGGUGUCAGUACUGAAUUUUGGGUGUUGAUACGAGAGAAGAACACAGUUUGGAAAAAGGUUCAUUGUCACGUGGACGUACAGUUAGACUCUAUAUCACUGUGUCUCGGUUGCAUUAACAUGAAAACACCUACCUCCAUAUGUGUCAAAGAAGUGGUACUACCUCGGGGGGAAAUUCAAAACACAACACAAGAUUGGAAAUUUGUCCAAGAAAUAAACCAGCUGAGUCGAAAUGUGGUUUUCCGAAGACAGUGGCGGGACCUAGCUGAGAAGUGUUCGGUCACUUUGACAUCAAGGUUUGAGGAACAUCAGAACCCCCACUUUAUUUCCGUUGAGAACCAUAAAUACGUAUUUAACAUGGACAGAUGCUUGUUCAGGCGAGUGACUAAAGUGCCAUUUCCUGAUCAGGAAAAGUGUUUAGUGAUCUUGUCAACUUGGGUGAAAGGACUGAAAUCAACAACAGGGGUAGCAUCAUUGAUACCGUUGCUCAGAGAAUUCAAACUACCUUAUUUACCAGAAAAAUAAUGCACUAAGAAUUUGGGAGAAUGCGGACGAAGAACGAAGGGUUCUGACUGAAAUGUAGACUAACACAGCUCGGCUGUUAAUCAUAUAUGUAGAAGACGGUCGGGAAAAAACUUUUGCACUGAUGUAAUAAAAAGAUGGAUUUUAAACAAUUUCAGUUGAUUAAAAAAAGUUAUU